CCCAACCGGCACUUUAGCUCCAUUCCACGUCGUCGUAUCGUUUAUUCGUUAUCAAAAAUUAAUACAAUUCAGCCCAAAAGGCCUGAAACUGGGCCUAUUAGGGAGUGAGAUGAUUUGAGCGAGAAUCGUCGUCUCCCUAAGAAAAUGUUGGCGAUCACGAGAGUGAUUAGCCGGAGAAUCCAUGGCAAGGGAGGCGAUGUAGCUGUUCCAAAACUCUCAGGAUUCUCUAUUGUAUCUCCCAAAAACGUUGAGGUAGAGUAUGGAGAUGGGAGCAAGUUCAGUUUCUCAUCUGAGUUUCUGAGAGUGCAUAGUCCAGCUGCUGAUGGAAAAGUCAGAUCAAUCGGUGGCGAAAAGGUGAUAUCUGGAAGGAGGUAUGUAGGAAUCAUGUCUGCAGAACCAGUGGGAAACUAUGGGGUAAGGUUAGUGUUUGAUGACUUGCAUAGAACCGGAAUAUAUCCGUGGGAUUAUUUCUACGAGCUUGGGAGCAAUAAGUUUGGUCUCAUGAGAAGCUAUAUCAAGAUUCUUCAAAAGCAUCAUCUCAGCCGUGAACCUCCCCCCAGAAGGAUAUGAUUCUGGUCAAUGUGUUUUUCUAACUUUUUGGUUCAAAGUGUUUGUUAGAAUCUUUGUGCAGAAACAUGGAAUCUUGUUGGCUUCUUUCAGAGUGCAGGCCGUAUACAUUAUAUAUUCAUUUGGGCUCA